AUGGACUUAUCUUCGUAUUAUGCAAGUGGAGAAUGGGAUUUAAUCAAUCUGACAAGCUGGCGCCAUGAACAGUUAUAUCCAGGUUGUUGUGGUCAAGAUUUCUACAUCGACGUAUCAUUCGUGAUAACAAUUCGGAGAAAGACACUCUUCUAUACCGUCAACCUUGUUGUUCCCUGUGCCCUCAUUGCUUUACUGACAACAAUUGUUUUCUACAUUCCUGCAUUUGAACACAAAAUGACCUUUUCAAUACUGCUGCUGGUUUCUCUGACCUUCUUUUACAUCGUGCUGGUAGAGCUGAUACCGCCAACGUCUCUUGUGGUGCCGCUUAUUGGAAAAUACCUUUUAUUUACCAUGUUUUUAGUAACACUGUCAAUAACAGUCUCUGUACAUAUUAUUAGAAUGUACAGGAGAGAUGCAACAGCCUAUCCGCUGCCAAAUUGGAUGCGUGAUCUAUUUUUGCGAAAACUUCCAAAAUACAUCUUCAUAAAACCCCCCGAAACUGAAAAUUUUGUUGAUGAUUUUAGCUUAAUAACUGGCAAGUAUUAUUUAUUGUUUUAUCUAAACAAUAAAAAACCGUUUUUUUUCAAAAAAAUUUUUUUUUGUUUACAGCAAAUAAAGUUGCAUAUAGCAAUACAUAUGUCAGAUUUGGCUGUAAGAUGCGGAACUUCACGCCGCUUAAAUCCUCAUUUACGACCAAGUACGUUGGCUUCCAGCGGAAGUGUUCGAUUAUCACAGUUAGCAAAACUUCGAGGCAUGCAUCCAGAUGUGAUUCGAAGAAUGAUCGACAAUCUUUCUUUUAUAUCUGAUCACUUCAGAGCUAUCAAAAAAGCUGACAAGAUUGCUGAGGAUUGGUCACACGUUGCAAUGGUUGUCGAUCGUUUAAUGUUGAUGAUAUUUAGUCUCGUAAACCUGCUUGGUACACUAACGAUAUUACUACUGUCUCCUACCUUAAUGGACAAUCGUCCGUCAAUGACGGCUCGAUAUGCAACGAAACCAUUCACAGCUCAUGAUGCCAAAUUUGAAAAUUCCUCUCUUGACUAA